AUGCAACCUCUUACUUCACCAAGCCUCCUAGGCGUUCGGAUUCUCACACUAGAUGCUACUGGACCUGAAUACUCGCGCUGGCGACGCAGUGUCAGGUUUGCUCUGGAAACGAAAAAUCGGUGGAAAUACUGCAAUGGCAGGCGUCCGAUGCCGAUGCCGAUGCCAAAGGCAACACCAGCCAUAGCCGAACCUAACGAUAUACAACCAAGUUUACUGGAAGAACGACGAGAAUGGAUGCGACGAGACCGAGAGGUCAAAUUUGACAUAUUCCAGUCACUAGCAGAAGAAGUGAUGCAGGAUGUAUUUGGUGUCGGCCCUCCGCUUCCCCCCACACAGUACACUGCACUGCAAAUGUUACAAGCACUGGACAAUCGUUUUAGCGUCUUUGAGUUUGAAGGUUACCACCACGCGUUUUGUCAUUUUUUGAACUUGCAGGUGGAUCAGCACGAGAGCCUCGACGACUUCAACAAGGAGUUCUUAACGGUGCUGGAAGACCUGCAUGACUAUGGCCACCCGAUGUCCAAUGUCCAAGCAUGCAGCGCAUACUUUUCCAAGCUGCAAUGCACACAGAACCCAUGGGUAGCAAAGAAAGUUGCAGAAUGGGAUAUCCAACCUUUCGAGCCUCAGCUGUGCGAUCUUAUGCAGGCAGCAGUACUCUGGCCGUGCACCAAGUCUCUUGCAUGCAACUCGUGGCGGGACUGCUUUGCGAAGCCAUCACCAGAAGAGCAUAUCGAUGAUGGUGCUGCACCUGGACCUACAUAUAGCGACCUUGCACCUGAACUUUCGGACACAUCCACCCUGUCAUCCAAAGCCUCACAUUCG